AUGGAGGUGCUUCAGUGUGACGGCUGUGACUUCCGAGCCCCAUCUUAUGAAGAUCUCAAGGCGCACAUUCAGGAUGUCCACACGGCAUUCCUACAGCCAACUGAUGUUGCCGAGGACAAUGCUAAUGAACCACGAUCCGGGUCCAUGAAUGCCAGUAAUCAGACAGAGGUGGAGUUUUCUUCUAUAAAGGAUGAGUUUGCGAUUGCAGAGGAUUUAGCAGCCAUCAUGAGAUGGGCCUUUCUGGAUGGUUUGAUAGAAGCUGGCUACCACUGUGAAUGGUGCAUCUAUUCCCACGUGGAGCCCAGUGGUUUGCUCCUACAUUACCAAAGGAGGCACCCUGAGCAUUAUGUUGACUAUACGUACAUGGCUACCAAACUCUGGGCUGGGCCAGACCCGUCUCCGCCCUCUCUCAUGAUGCCAGCUGAAGCCAAAACAUACAGGUGCAGGGACUGUGUUUUUGAAGCCUCCUCCAUCUGGGACAUCACCAAUCACUACCAAGCAUUCCACCCCUGGGCCAUGAAUGGUGAUGAGUCAGUGCUGCUAGAUAUCAUCAAGGAGAAAGAUGCUAUGGAGAAGCCCAUCCCCCUGUCCGAAGAGUUGGGGGGCCCUUUGAAUUGUGAAAACAAUAUGCCCACCCCAAUCCCUGAGCAGGAGGCUGAGUGCCUAGAGGAUGCCAGGCUCUCCCCAGAGAAGAGCAUCCAGCUUACCUCUGCCAACCCCGCCAUCUCCUCCACCCCGUACCAGUGCACCGUGUGCCAGUCUGAGUACAACAACUUGCAUGGCCUGCUCACCCAUUAUGGGAAGAAGCAUCCUGGCAUGAAAGUGAAGGCUGCCGACUUUGCCCAGGACAUCGACAUCAACCCAGGUGCUGUGUACAAAUGCAGGCAUUGCCCCUACAUCAACACCCGCAUUCACGGCGUCCUGACCCACUACCAGAAGAGACACCCAUCCGUCAAGGUGACCGCUGAGGACUUUGUGCACGACGUGGAGCAGUCUGUGGACCUGUCCCAGAAUGACGUGGAGGAGACGAGCAGGAUUUUCAAGCAAGGGUAUGGUGCCUACCGGUGCAAACUGUGUCCCUACACCCAUGGCACUUUGGAGAAACUCAAAAUCCACUACGAGAAGUACCAUAACCAGCCUGAAUUUGAUGUCUUUUCCCAGUCGCCCCCGAAGCUCCCAUUGUCCCUCGAGCCCGAGAUAACCACUGAGGUGAGCCCCUCCCAAGUCUUGGUGACCGAGGAGGAGGUGGGAGAGGAGCCGGAAUCCACGUCUCACUUCUCUGCCUCACACCUGGUCUCCCACACUGUGUUCCGGUGCCAGCUCUGCAAGUACUUCUGCUCCACGAGGAAGGGGAUCGCCAGGCACUACCGCAUUAAGCACAACAAUGUCCGAGCCCAGCCCGAGGGCAAGAACAACCUCUUCAAGUGCGCCCUGUGUACCUACACCAACCCCAUCCGCAAAGGGCUGGCCGCCCACUACCAGAAGCGCCACGACAUCGACGCCUAUUACACCCACUGCCUGGCCGCCUCCAGGACCAUCAGCGACAAGCCCAACAAGGUGAUCAUCCCGUCCCCGCCCAAGGACGACUCCCCCCAGCUGAGCGAGGAGCUCCGGCGGGCAGUGGAGAAGAAAAAGUGCUCCCUGUGCUCCUUCCAGUCCUUCAGCAAGAAGGGCAUCGUGUCCCAUUACAUGAAGCGUCACCCGGGGGUGUUCCCAAAGAAGCAGCACGCCAGCAAGUUGGGGGGCUACUUCACUGCCGUGUACGCCGACGAGCACGACAAGCCGCUGCUCCUGGAGGAAGAGGAGAGAGGCAGCUUUGAGAAAGCCGAGGUGGAAGGCGAAGCUCAGGAAGUCGAGUGGCUGCCGUUUCGCUGCAUCAAGUGCUUCAGGCUCUCGUUCAGCACGGCAGAGCUACUGUGCAUGCACUACACCGACCACCACAGCCGGGACCUCAAGAGGGACUUCGUCAUUCUGAGCAGCGGCCCCCGCUGGCAGAACUCCACCUACCAGUGCAAGCACUGUGAUAGCAAACUGCAAAGCACAGCGGACCUGACCUCACACUUGAACAUUCACAAUGAGGAAUUCCAGAAGCGUGCCAAACGUCAGGAGAGGAGGAAACAGCUUUUGAGCAAGCAGAAAUAUGCAGAUGGUGCUUUUGCAGAUUUCAAACAAGAGAGGCCUUUUGGUCACUUAGAAGAGGUGCCAAAGAUCAAGGAGAGGAAAGUGGUGGGCUACAAGUGUAAAUUCUGUGUGGAAGUGCACCCGACGCUUCGAGCCAUCUGCAACCACCUCCGGAAGCAUGUCCAGUACGGCAGCGUCCCGGCCGUGUCUGCCGCCGUGAAGGGGCUGCGUUCUCAUGAGAGGAGCCAUCUGGCCCUGGCCAUGUUUACCCGCGAGGACAAGUACAGCUGCCAGUAUUGCUCCUUUGUUUCUGCUUUCAGGCACAAUUUGGAUCGCCAUAUGCAAACCCACCACGGACACCAUAAACCAUUCCGAUGCAAACUCUGCUCCUUCAAGUCCUCCUAUAACAGCCGGCUGAAAACGCAUAUACUCAAAGCUCAUGCUGGUGAACAUGCGUACAAGUGUUCUUGGUGCUCGUUUUCCACCAUGACCAUCAGCCAGUUGAAGGAACACUCCCUCAAGGUCCACGGGAAAGCCCUGACCCUCCCUAGACCGCGAAUCGUCAGUCUCCUGUCCUCACACUCCCACCACUCCUCUCAGAAAGCUGCCCCGGGUGAAGAGGUGGAAGACUCCAAUGACUCGUCAUACUCAGAGCCCCCAGAUGUUCAGCAGCAGUUGAACCAUUACCAGUCAGCUGCCCUGGCAAGAAACAAUAGCCGUGUGAGCCCCGUGCCGCCUCCUGGGGCCGCUGCUGGCGCUGAGCAGAAAACCGAAGCCGUUCUUCACUGCGAAUUCUGUGAAUUCUCCUCCGGCUACAUCCAGAGCAUCAGGCGCCAUUACCGGGACAAGCAUGGCGGGAAAAAGCUCUUCAAGUGCAAGGAUUGCGCCUUUUACACAGGCUUUAAGUCUGCUUUUACUAUGCACGUGGAAGCUGGGCAUUCAGCGGUUCCUGAGGAGGGCCCCAAAGACCUGCGCUGUCCUCUCUGCCUCUACCACACCAAAUACAAACGCAACAUGAUCGACCACAUCGUGCUGCACCGAGAAGAGCGAGUGGUCCCCAUUGAAGUGUGCCGUUCCAAACUGUCAAAAUACUUGCAGGGAGUAGUUUUCCGCUGUGAUAAGUGCACCUUCACCUGCUCCAGUGACGAGAGCCUCCAGCAACACAUAGAAAAGCACAAUGAACUGAAACCUUACAAGUGCCAGCUGUGCUACUAUGAGACCAAGCACACGGAGGAACUGGACAGCCACCUUCGGGAUGAGCAUAAGGUCAGCCGGAACUUUGAGCUGGUUGGACGGGUUAACUUGGAUCAGCUGGAACAGAUGAAGGAAAAAAUGGAGAGCUCCAGCAGUGAGGAUGAAGACAAGGAGGAAGAAAUGAACAGCAAGGAUGAAGACACAGAUCUCAUGAGGUUUCCUGACCGUGGGGCUGCUGUUAGCACUGAGAAGCGUUUUCCAUGUGAAUUCUGUGGACGGGCGUUUUCACAGGGCUCCGAGUGGGAAAGGCAUGUGCUGAGGCACGGCAUGGCUUUGAAUGACACCAAGCAGAUGAGCAGAGAAGAAAUUCACGGAAAAGAAAGCUUGGAGGACGGUGUCAAGAUGCCAUCCAUAGAGGAAAAGGAAGAUGACGAGGCCAUCGGGAUAGACUUUUCUCUCAAGAAUGAAACAGUAACCAUCUGUGUGGUAGCUGCCGACAAAUCUCUCCUGGAGAAUGCAGAGGCCAAAAACGAAUAAGCGUUUGGUGAAGUCCUUAAUCAAACCUUACUUGAACAGUGAUGAAAAGGUGGGUGGGCCAGCGUGGACUGAGAAGGGAGGGGCAGAAAAGAGAAGACAGAAACAAAGCUGCUUUUUAGGACUGAACAAUCUAUUUUCAAAGCACUGGUACCUUUGUGAAUGAGUCUGUAAAUUAAAGUUAUUUAAAUGUUUGGAACAUGUGGCUCCUUUUCCAUCGCAGCAUCUUUUCUUCCGGAUCUGCAUCCUGGAAGUCCCGUUUGUUGCGGAGUACGGAAGCACCUCCCGUGCACAGGGCGUCCUCUGUGGUGGUCUUGGACAGAUGUGGAGGGCAGAUGCUCCCUGACCGAAGAAGACUUCUCACAGGGGAACAACUUUUGACGCACAGCUUUCGGUGCGUUUUUCUAGUUUUAAUACCUUAAGCUUUUUCAAGACCUAACUGCAGCCGCUUUGGGAAAAAA